AUCCUAUGUAUAAGUUGAAGCACGCGGAGCGUCAGUUCAACACUGUCCGUCGGCUCGAGUUCGUCUCAACUUGGAGGACAACGAACGGGGGACAUCAUCUUUAUAUUUUCCUAGAAGGUUCAUCCUCACCAUAAUCCGAGUUUUCAACUGGAUCCUCUUUUAGACUGAUUUCUUAGACGGGAAGGAAGAAACUGAACAUUGACGGACAACGUUUACUUUCUUCUACUAUUUUAACAUCGAAAGAAUGUUCAUCAGUUCGUUGAUUUUACUCUCUGUGUCGAUUGUCAUUUCGUUUGCUGAGGAUUCCUCGUUGAACGAUGCACUCUCUUUCAAACGUGCUCCAAUGGGUUUUCAAGGUAUGCGUGGUAAAAAAGAUCUUACAUCUAUUCAAGACGCUGAUUUUUCCAAAAGGGCACCAAUGGGCUUCCAGGGUAUGCGUGGGAAAAAGGACUCAAUCGUAAACGAUGACAAUUUCUUGCAAGAAGCAGAAGGAUUUGAAAAACGAGCACCCAUGGGAUUCCAAGGGAUGAGAGGAAAAAAAGAUUAUCUAAUUCCCGAUUUUGAGGAUGCUUAUUAUCAAGAUAAUUAUGAAAAACGAGCACCUAUGGGAUUUCAAGGUAUGAGAGGAAAAAAAGCUAUAUCCGAGGAGGAAUAUUACAAACGUGCACCAAUGGGAUUUCAAGGAAUGAGAGGAAAGAAAUCUCUCGAAGAAAUAUUGGAAGAGAUCGAGAAAAGAGCAUCAAUAGGAUUUCAAGGUACGAGGGGUAAGCAAACAUACUUGUUCGACUAUCCCGAAGAAUACGAGAAACGUGCAAUGGCAAUGGGAUUUCAAGGUAUGCGUGGGAAGAAGGACGCGUAUUCAAUGGAAUGGGAAAAAAGAGCACCCAUGGGAUUUCAAGGUAUGAGGGGAAAAAAGUCACUUUACGAUGAAAUAAUCGAGGAAUUAGAAAAACGAGUUAUUAUGAGUCUUCAGGAUGAUCUAUUAAACGAGGAUUUAAAUGACAAUUACGUCGAUUAUUUCUUCGACCCAAUCGAUUAUGAGAAAAAAGAGUCCAUGGGUUUUCAAGGUAUGAAGGAUAAAAAGGAUAAUGAUAAACGAGUACCCAUGGGUUUCCAAAGUAUGAGAGGCAAGCGGAACGCCGUACAACUUUAUGGAAUCAAUGGAAAAGCAACAUCGACGGAAUUCCAAGAUGUACAGUAAUGGCACCAAUCAUAAAAACCUUACUUACAGUCGUUACAGGCUGUCUUCUUUAAGUUAAACCAAUCUAUUCGAUAAAACGGCGAAUUACGGACAGGGUGAGCUGAGCGUGAAGUGUAAUCCGUUGAUUUCAUUUCUAUGUAAUUAUCGUAGAGCUCAAAUUUCAUUUGAUUACCGUAGUAUUGUAAUAUCUAGUCAAUAUAACAUAUAUGAUAUAGAUGAUAAUUCGUACGCCAAAAAAGAAUAAAAACAAAAAAAAACAACAAAAAUCACUAUUAAAAGAGAAAAAAGAUAAAUUCAAACAAAAAAGAGAACCACUUCUUCAUUCGAUUCGCGUUUACGCGUAAACCAAAUACAAAUGCUAAAAUAAAAAAAUAUUGUAACUGUUCCGUGUAAAAGCCCUUUAAAAAAAGAUUAUAUAUAUAUAUAUAAAAAGCCUAUAUCAGUAUUAUCGUUAAAUUAUGCGAUUAUCAAUUAUUUGAGAGUGAGUGAGAGAGAGAAAGUAUGAAAAAGUUAAAGAAAAAGAGAGAGAGAGAAAUAGAGAGUGUAUGAAAAAGUUCAAAAGAAAAAGAAAGACAGUUACUUUAUUUCUCGUUCCUAGACGUAUAGUAAGAUUACUAUAGCGAAGCAAUUAGAUGUCCCAAACUCUUAAAAAAUGCAUAACGAUGACGUAAAUGUAAGGAUAAAAAUGGUAAAAAAAAAAAAAUUUAAUAUACACAUACAUAUACAUGUAUACGUACAUACACGGACAGAAACAUAUAUAGCGAUAGAUAGGAACUAUAUUUUUCUCUGAAUGUUAUAAAGUAGAUAUAUUUACAUCUAUAUUUGUGUACCUCGCAAAAGUGAUACUUUUAUUUCUAUCAGAAACCAUACUUUAGUCAUCUGCGAUAUUAAAACUUGCACAAUGUCUGUAUGUCUAAUUUUUAGUCUUAAACCAUCAUUCGCAAGUAUUUAUCUUAUACGUUAUCUUAUUUAUAUAUUUCUCCUCCAAAAAUUAAUUUGAACUGUAUAAUUUAAUAAAAUAGUAAAUACGAAUCUACAUUGAGAGAAACUAUUACCAAAAAUAUCAAACUAAUAAGGGGACGAGAUGAAAUGGGAUAAGUGUAAUACUAAUUUACAUUUCUUAUGCAGCUGAUGUACCUGAAAUGCACCAAUGUCUUUCUCCUCUGUACCUUUCUUAAAAAAAAA